AGGAAGUGCCGGCGGGGAGGGCAGGGAGGCGGGCAGGCCCCGCGCGGGGGAACUUCCCCUCCCCGCGGCCGGGAGCUGCGCCUCGCGCCCCCGCCGCCCCGCCCGGGCCGGGGCCGCGCCGCCGGGCAGAGGUGAUGGGAGCAUGAGUGGAAAUGAGGGGGAGCUCCAGAGAGAUGGACCAGAGACAGCGGAACCCUGCAGGGCCAUUUCGGACUUUUUCAUGAGGGAAGCUUCUCCUCCAGGCUGCGACCAGGAGCUGUCUUGUCCGAGGCCAGACCUUCUCUCUCCAGAGACUGGGGCGGAGAAGACUUCUCGCUGUGGCUUUCGGAAGCGGAAGGAGACAGUGGUGCAUCAGCGAGCAUUCAUGGGAGAGAAGCCUUACAUCUGCAUUGAGUGCGGGCAGAGCUUCAACCGCAGCUCUGACCUGAUCCGCCACCAGAGGAUCCACACUGGGGAGAAGCCCUACAUGUGUGCUGACUGUGGCAAGAGCUUCAGCCGCCGCUCCCACCUCAUCCAGCACCAGCGCGUCCACACGGGUGAGCGACCGUACCAAUGCAAGGACUGCGGGAAGAGCUUCAGCCAGAGCACCCACCUGGUGCAGCACCAGCGCAACCACACUGGAGAGAGGCCCUAUGUCUGUGCCAAGUGUGGGAGGAACUUCUACCAGAACUCAGGCCUGCUCCGCCACGCCAACUUUCACACAGGCGAGAAGCCCUACAAGUGCCCCCAGUGCGGGAAGCGCUUCAGCGACAGCUCCAACCUCAUUGCCCACCAGCGGCUCCAUACAGGCGAGAAGCCCUACAAGUGUGCUGACUGCAACAAGUGCUUCAGUGAGAGCUCUAAGCUGGUCAUCCACCGGCGUGUCCACACAGGUGAGAAGCCGUACUUGUGCCCUGACUGUGGGAAGAGUUUCAGCCAGCGCUCGCACCUUGUCCAGCACCGUCGCACCCACACUGGGGAGAAGCCAUACAAGUGUGCCGAGUGUGGGACCUGCUUCAGUGACAACUCUACCCUCAUCCGUCACCGUCGUACCCACACUGGGGAGAAACCUUUCAAGUGCUCCCACUGUGGGAAGUGCUUCAGUCGCAACUCCUACUUAGUCUCACACCAGCGGGUACAUGUGUGGCCUGGGGGUGCUCUAGGAUGAAGCUCUUGAUCCAGGCCUGUCCAAAAUGUGCCUAAGGGAUGAGAGGGUAUGACUGCACGAGGGUGCCUGGAUUGUAGGCAGCUGGCCAGAAUAAUACCUUUGGCCUGUGUUGCCAUUUUCAGUACCUCCUUCUCCCAGCACACCUCAUGCAUUGACAGAAAAUGAGCAGUACUUGCAGUGGGUGGUUCUGUCAUCCUGUCGUCCUCUUUUCCCAGUAUUGGAAUCAGAUGCCAUCUGCCAAGCAGCCAAGGUCCAGAGGUUUCCUCUCACCUCUCUGUGAGAGGUGUCUGCCUGGGAGCCUGUGGAGAAAAUAUGCAGUAUCAGGUCACGUGAUGAUAAGCUGCUUGGUCAUGCACUAUGUGCAUGUGUGGUUCUGUCAGAGGAAAUACCAUGGGAGAUGGGGUCCUUAAGUCGCUUUGUUCUGCUCAUAGCUGAAAUAUUCUGACCUAUGUAAUACUGCACAGGUCUGUGGAAGCUCAUCAUGCUUGUGGUCUAAUCCAGGUCUGUGUCUCGUACAGCAGUCAAGAAGUUCAAAGCUAAGCAAGUCCUGCUGAGAAGCUGGAGACUCUACAUCAUGCAUAUAGAGUAUGCAGGCCAACAUGAAGCACAGGCAAAGACCAUUGGAAUCUGCUUGGAAAAGGAACAUAUAGGAACCAGAGGAGGAAAGCGCGCCUGCAAAGGUUUUCUGCAAAUGCUGCUUGGAUGAUAGGAACAAGGAAGCUGCGGGAUAGGGAUAUGGCCUGUUCUGGAAUCUCAGAACUGGUGGGUAACUGGUAUAGAGAACUCAUACCUGAAGGCUUAAAAAAAAGUCAGGAUUAUACUUGCUGCUACUAAGACCAUGGUACGCAACUUGACAGGGUAUAUGGAGGUCACCUGUGAGUUUGUACUGGUAGCCUCCUCGUUCUGCAGAAUUCAGAUUCACAGAUAUGGUUCAAGUGGGCUGGCGUAAGCUGUGUUGCAAAAUGGGACAGAACGACAGCAUCCUGGGACUGACUUGAUUCCAUACCAGUAUUCCUCAAGUCCUAUUUUGACUAGUGUGUGUGCAUGUGUGUAACAUCUAUAUGUAUGUAUUCACAUAUGUAUGAACCAGCUUUUAUACUAAGUGUGUCUUCACACUCACAUGUGAGUGAUCAUGUGUGCACAUGCCAUCACAGUGGUCAAAAUGGUCAGUGGUGUGACACUACACCAUAUCAGUACUUCUCAAAAUGCUAAACAUAACUGUAUAAACAAUUGAUAGCAUUUUUAAGUAAGAAGCUGGGAGAAACAGGUUUUGUACCAAAACAUCUGAAUUUUUAUAUCCAGACAUUCAGUUUUACACUGAUUACUUUAUGUGUGUUAAAGACCUAGGACUGAGUUGUUUUAUUUAUAUAUAUAUAUAUAUGUAUAUAUAUAAAUGUGUGGCCCCUAUGGUUGCUAAGAAUGACUUCAAAAUGUCACUCAGCAUAGUGCUCUCCCCCUCAUUUUACACAGGUACGUAUCAGUGGCAGCUGUAGGAUGUACCCCCCUCAUGGUUUUAACUACGAGGAAUUGCAGUGCAACACUUUACAUGGUUUGUAUUUAUGACUGUUUUGCCGCUUAUCAUUUUAGUGAUUAAACCAACUGGCGUGCUUAUCCAGCACUGCUGGAGCUUAGAAAAAAGUUCUGGUUUUGCAGUGUACCUUACUGAUCCUGUAACUGGUUCCAUGGCUUCAGUGAGUCUCUGGAAAAAGGCAUGCAGACUGAAGCCAGUGAAAGGACUGAAACUAUGGUGAAGAAGAGAUGAAGGAAAUAAAGAUGCCAAGAAGAUCCAUGGAUUUGAGCAGCUGCUGGCCAGGGAUGCUUGUGAAUGGCUUGCUCUACCAAACUGGCUACUUGGAGGGAUUGCAGGGACCCUUUCUGCAAGCCCCAAGGCACUUCUGGUACUAAGCUGCUGAUAAAAUGUUAUUUACAUAUAAUUUAAUAACAAGGAGCUGCAGAGGCAGCACAAAAUUGUUUGCAGCUCCUAGAGGAACAAGGCACCUUUAUGUGCAGCUGCUCAGGGAAAUAGAAGGUUUCAGAAAUUAGAUGGGCUUUGUUUACACGGGAACCAAAGCCGUCAUUUGCAAAUGCACAUUUUUACUUGUAGCUUUGUGUUUGUUUGGGAGUUUUGUGUGUGGUUUUGUUUGUUUGUUUGCUCUUUUUUGUUAACAGCUUCAAACCAAUUACUUCUUGAAUUCAGUAUCACUUCUGGCAAGUGGUUUGGAAAUACAGCUAAUGAUCAUCUAGUUGGUUCCAGAAGCAUCAAGAUUUUCAUUUGCUAGCAGACCUUCAGAAGGAAUACUAUAGGUCUUGGCUGAUAGGCUCAUUUUUAACUGAAUUCAAAGGUUAUGCUACAGUCCAGCUGUAGAACUGAUCAAUUUAUGUGUGUCUGUCCUAUUCCAGUUGAAGUGUCCUAGAGGAAAUAUACAGCAUUAAAACUGUUUGGCUGAGAAGCCCUGUUUGCCAGGGAAAGGCAUCUUGUGGAUGCAGCUUUUCCUUUGGCAAUCUGAACUGAGUUGUUGUGGCAGAUCAAUGAAAUCAAACGCAGGUCCGCACGUAGUUGAGCUCAACUCAAAACCCUCACAUUGCGGUUCUGGUUUGAGAAGCCAACGGCCUCCAAAUAUGCCUUCACAAUAUUCCUCAGAGUAUUUCUUUCUCUAUCUACAUGCUUUGUGUUCUGUGCUCUAUAAAUUAAAAGGAUUGACAUGCAUCUAUUUCUAAGAUCUUUACGAAUGUAUUGAAAACUGUAGUCAAAUCAGAGUGGCUUUAGGGUUCACAGCACACUGCCAGUGCAGUAGUUGUAGCAGCUGGAAUUGGAUUGCUCACUAGUGUAAGCACAUUUCUGGAGUUCCUUUCCACAGCCACUGUCAGUUUUCCCUGCUGAGUGUCAUUUGGUUGAAAUAAUUCACUUUCCCUAGCCUGUCUGCCCUUUACUGUUUGUGAUCGUCCAGCUGGAUAGAAGAAUCUGGGCACCACCCUUCCUUUGCCGUUGCAGAAGUUACAGGGCAUGUUCCCUUUCUUCCAGGGAUUUAAUAAUUCUGUGGGCAGCACAAACUCAAGAGCCAAAUUCAGAAGACAGAGGUAUAGGCAUGAGCAGAAAGCCAGGAACUAGAAGGUUUACUUUCACGGCAGCUAGCUCACUGGCCUCUCUACCAGCCAUUUACUCCCUCAGGAUCAUCGUGGGAGUCUGCUGGAAAAAGCAAAAGCUAAUCAGCUACUAUCAUUUCCAACAGACCAUCCGAGGCGCACUCCAUUCCAGAGCUGUGGUCACCAGCUGGUGCCCAGAUCCUCCUACCAGCUGAGGAAGCUCUGUAGAAUACGGUAAAUUCCGGUUGUGCUUAUGGUGCUUAGAUACUACAGUGAGACUAUGGCACUUUAGAAAUACCUAAGAUAGACAAAUGGAUGAAUGACGUGUCUGAAAUAAAAUUUCUCACCCUAGGGUACUUUUUUAUCCCAUCUUUUUUUCCUUGUUUCUCCCCAGAGUGACCUUUUUGGCUCCUUUUUGGCUCAGGUUUGAAAAUAUGUGUGUCAUCCUUUGCAGAGGAUGAUUGUUACUUAGCACAGCUGCUGUGCAAUGCAAAUAAGAACUAGGAGGUGAGGUAUUCUUAGUCUUCAGUUUCGUCUAACAUUUCUGCAUGAAUCUGAAAAAGCCAGAAGGUGGCACGUGGUGUUUACUGUUCCUUUAUGAGAGAAAGUGGCAGAACCUCAUUUUGCAGUGACAUACCAUCCUGCUGGUUGAUGAACCUGGUUCUACCAGAGCUGCAGUUGCUCUAAGGAGAUUAUCUCCACAGUUCUGUCACCUAGGUUGUAUGUGAUCCAGUUUUCUGGUCCCCUGCUGACAAAGUAUAUGCAAUAGUGAUAACUGAAAUACAACUUCUUUUACAUCCCUUUCUUCAUUGUUUAUGACUGGGAAAACAAUUUUUUUUUCAUCUUGGACAAGAGCUGUGUUUUAUGUGUUUAAUAAAUUUUUAACAGUAUUUAAUAUGUAAUCGCUAGAGCAAUUUUUGAGAUACAGCAAACAAACAAAACUGCCCUUGUAUGCACAAUAAACUAUUCUUUCUGGCCCUGUUA